CUCCUCCUCCUCCUCCUCCUCUUCCACAUAGUUUUCUGAGGUAAUUUUCUACACACCCAUUUACAGUGCAACUCUUCCCCUUCCUCCUCCUCCUCCUUCCCUUUUCCCUCUCCCUCCUCCUCCCUCGCACCCCUCCCGCUACAGCAGAGACAUCGAGACAUCUACACCCACACCCUCCCAGACACUCUCAGGAUGGGCGGUGGGCGGGCGUGGACGGUGCUCGGGCUGUGUCUGGUCUUGUGUUACUUGGAGCUGGCAGAGUGUUCGGUGAGGUUGAAGUCACGAUGGCGGACGGAGAUGAUACUGAAGAGCCAGCUGUUGCAUGAGUAUGACCACACGUCUCUGCCGCCGCCUGUCACCUACCCCACUGUGGUCGGGAUUAGGGUUAUGCUGCUGCAAAUCACUGUGGACGAGAAGCAGGAGAAUGUGCUCGCAGACGCUUGGCUCAUCUGUGAGUGGAAGGACCCGCGCCUCACGUGGGACCCCAGCAAGUACAUGAACAUUUCCUACGUGGACUUACCUCACAGCGCCAUCUGGAAGCCGGACAUCAGCAUGUACAAUAGCCCGGAGAGCGCGGCGUUCCAGGACCUCGGAGAGAGCCUCGCCAAUGUCUCCCACACGGGCCAAGUCCAUAUCGUGGCGGGCAUCAAGAUGCAAUACUUCUGCGUGGUGGACCUCACAUACUGGCCCCACGACAACCACAACUGCACCCUCCAGAUGGGCUCCUGGCGCUACAAUAAGGCCGGGAUAGACCUGGAGCUCGUGGAAGACAAACCAAGGAUGGAGGCACUGACUCGAUUAAAUCCGGAUGGAGGGAACUUGACCCGAGGGUGGUGGAGGCUGGUGAAUAGCAGCAUGGCCAGGUAUGAGGAGCACUUUGAUUGCUGCCCUGACCCCUUCGUCUCCAUCAGGAUGUACCUUGUCCUUACCAGGGAUGCGCCUGCCUUCCAGUGGACUGUCAAGAUGCCUGUCGUGGCACUAUGCAUCCUCACCUUCAUCAUGUUCCUGCUGCCACCGUGUGCUGGGGAGAAGCUCAUCUUUGGUGGUAUCUGUCUCAUCCUGGACGUGCUCUUCAUUGCCUACUCAUCCAUCACAGUGUCCCAUGCACCCUCACACACCCCACUUAUUGUGGAGCUCGUGUGUCAACAGCUGCUCCUGACGGUGGCCAGUGUGGUGGUGACAGCCAUCACCACCCGCCUGGCCAGGGAUCCUCACGCCACGCCACUCUCUUCCCAAGUCACCACAUGCCUCCAUCUCAUGUCUGUCUGUCUCUGCCUCAACAACUACCGCAGCCUCAUCGUGCCCAGUCCCUGGCAGUCCAUGAGGAACUACAAUGCGUCAGUCAAGACGGAGGAGGUAGAGAUGGGGGAGAAUGGCCGUGCUCAGCUGUUUUCAAACACCAACAAUAGCAAUGCCUCCAGUCCCCAAGCUGCUAACCACAUGCUGUCCUCCCCCUCCUCCUCAUCCUCCUCUUACUCUGGGCUGGACUACCUACUGCUGGCUGCUGCAAUUGACCGCCUGUGCCUCGUCAUAUUUGUGCUCAUCUUCAUCAUCAACAUGCUCACGUACAGCAGUGUGCUCUAGAGCCUGGCUGUCUGUACGUCUCCCCUGGCUGUCCCUUGUGUUGUGUGCUGUCUUGUGAUUCUGAUUAUAAUACAUUUCACAGCCAUUGCAUAAGUAUUUGUGUGUGUGUGUGUGUGUGUGUGUGUGUGUGUGUGUGUGUGUGUGUGUGUGUGUGUGUGUUCAUAAUAUUUUUGUUGAUAAAGGUACAGUAUUAUCAUCACUGGUGGUAUUGUAGUAGAAACAAAAGAUGCUAGUGUCCAUGGAAUUAACUCUUGUUUACCCAUCAUUUGUAUUCACUCACAGGAAAUCACCUGAGAGUGGCACGGUCAACAUAACUGUUUGCCUGUGGUCCUGUACUUUACCAGACAGAAUUGAUAUCACUCAUAAAUUACAAUGCAUACAGUUACUUCUGUACAACACAUCAUAAUCUGUUAAGUCACUACAGUGAUGAAAUAUGAUCCUCUUUAAUGUGUGCCUUAGUUUGGUAUAUAUUUUCCCAAAGGUGUUUGUGAUAUAACAAUAUUUAUGCCAAUAUUUCCAGAUUUGCUCAACCGAUCAACCUAAUAAUAUUAUGUUCACUGUUCUGUACUAAGUUAGCAGCAAUGAAAAAAUUCACACUGCUUGGGUAUAUAGAACUAUUCAAGGAUGCAUAUUUGCCCCUGUAAGGCACAGAGAGAAUGGCAGAAAGUAGGUAACUGGGAGAAUAUAUCAAACUUUGAUGCGAGAUAGUGGGUGUAAAAGUACAAUCUUCAGUGAAAUGGGAGACAGUAUUGAAGUAUGUGAGGGAAAGGAUGAGGGAGAAGAACAGGAUUAGUAUACAAUUUAAAAAAUAAAUAGAAACUCUUCUCUUGUGGCUAUUCCCUUGGAUGAGUGCUUAGAUAUAGAUAAUUAGAGAGAGAAACAGAUCAAUAUAAAUAGAGAAGUAGAUAAAUAGAUAGACAGAUACAUAGCCAUAUCUCUGUAAAGACUGACAUUCAUUUAAUUUGCAAUGUGUAUUAGUUUAAUUUAAUAGCCUUCUAUUCAGUUCCUGCAGGUAUGCCUCAGACUUGAGGUUGUUUGUGUGCAAACACUGCAAGGAGAGGUGACCCUCCCAACCUUCCUUGGUUCUGCCUUGCUGGACUAUUGGUUGACUGUAGUGUGUGUUGGGAUGGUUUCCUGCUGACCUGACCUGGGCAUUGCAAAGGUGUGUGUGCUCAAAUGUAGUAGUGGUAGCAUUGGCAUUAGUAUAGCAGUAGUAAUAGUAACAGUAUGAGCAUUAUUGUAGCAAUCACAGUAGCAGCACCAGUAAUGGUAUUGGUCUGGGCACAUUAAAUCUGCAAUCAUGGACGUGGAUGUAUGUAAAGCAUUAUUGCACAACCAAUAUUACUUCCUUAUCAGAUGCAGGAUUUUUCUGGGGCCUCCAUUGUGUUGGCAGUGUUGUUGCAAAUUGUGAAUCAGUGUUUAUGAGAAGGAAACAAGACUCAAAGCAUCAUAGAGAAAGACUCCCAAGGUGUGUAGCAGCUGCACUCAUUACAGACACAUCAAUCUGUCAGGGAUGUCAUGAAUAUUUUGAAUUAUGACCAUGCUCGCGAUGAACACAGGCAGCCGCCAUUACAAUGUAUGUCAAAUAGUCUUUAAAUUGGAUGGAGAAUUAUGCACUGACAGACACCUCUUGGGGGAAAGCAGGAUGAGAAGCAAGGGUACCAGCAGCAGAAGCACUGACUGAGCCAUAAAUCAUGUGAGGGGUAGCAGAUGGAGUGUGUUGCUGCAUGUGUGAACCUUGUGUUGACAGUUGCAGCUUUGUGUUUUCUCUUCAGUGGAACACUAGCUUGGUGUGAUGAGGAGCCCCACAUACUCCAGUGAUCAGUGGAGCUAGACUAGACAGGUACAGUGAUAUAUACUAGGCAGGCAAUUAGAGCAUGUAAUUCAAUUGACCUGGGAAAGAAAAAUAAAAAGUAGGACAGACAGAGAGCUAUAGUAGAUGGAGAGAUAAUAUAGGAUGGUUUUUUUUUGGAGACAGCAUAGAAUAGAUGAAUGACUGGCUGAUGAGGGGAAUCAAAGGGACUAGUGAUGAUGAUGAUGAUGAUGAUGAUGAUGAUGAUGGUGAUAAAUGAUAAUAGUGUGUUGGUCCAAGGGGAGAGCCCUUGCUGUUCCCAGAAUGACCUGUCUUGGAUAGUGGAUUGAACGGUGGCAGACAGAGAAUUUAUUUACUGUUGAGAAGAAGAUUUUGUGAAAGGGAGUCAUAGUAGGGCAAUAAAUUCAAUAUAUUAUAUUACUGUGAUUGUGGAACUCAUAAUGGUAAUGGUGUAAUUCAUCACUGUAGAAUUUAACAGCAAAACUGUAAUAAUAUUAUUGAUUAUUAUUAUUAUUAUUAUUAUUAUUAUUAUUAUUAUUAUUAUUAUUAUUAUUAUUAUUAUUAUUAUUACUACUACUACUACUACACUACCACCAAUGUACUUAUAAUACGUGUGCCUGGCUUUAUUUUGACGAGUGGCUUCAUUGCCCAACUAUAUAUUAUCACUAUUUUAUGACCAAAGCCUGUACCAGUUUUGAUAUUUGGUGUGGCUUUGACUUGCGGCCUUCCAUUGAGUCGAGCCCGCUGUGUGUGUAACAGUGUAAUGAAUAAGUUAUCUUUAUACAUGACUCCCCUUCGUACUUUACUUUCGCCGACUUGUUUUCUCACGGUCAUAAUUCCCUUAAAUCUUCGCCCUUUUAAUGAAACAUAAUUUCUCAUUCUCCAGCAUUUGUUAAACUGAGUGGGCUCUCGCGUCUGACUUUAUUCAGAAGCAUGUCAAACUGUUUUGUAACUGCGUCGAAUGGCCCCAUCAGCCGGCCCAAUACGGCUUCUUAGGGCCAAUUAGGAUGAAUGGUUUUAUCUCCGUGGUCCAUUUUGAAAUCAUGGACCUUUUUAGCAGUGACUUUCCCCCGGACGUGUGGCCCUCACCGGCUGCCUCAAUAUGACUAAAGGCUCUUACACUGGCCUUACUUGUAAUUAGUGUUAUGUACCCUCAGCGAUGGCCUUGUUUCGACGCGGGACCAAUAUUCGGUGCCAGGAGAGCCUGAAUGAUGGCCGUGCUUUGGUACAUGGCCAUCAACUGUAUUUUUUUUUUUUUUUUUUUUUUUUGACAUGUGGCUCAUUAUUGAUGCCCAAUGUUUGACUCCCGACUGCUGGUGUGGCGGAGGGACGGUUGUUCCCGAGUCCAUCAAGCUCCGGUCGGCGGCUCUUGUACAGUGACGUAAUCCCUCCCGGGGUGACGAGGCGGGGCCGUGCUGGCUGCCCGCCCCGCCGAAUAUGCCCGCAGCUGCUUUGUGCUCCUUUAGAAUCGUCUUUUUAGAUUAAUUAACUUGAUGGAUACGCUCCUUCCCCUCUUUCUUCCUCCCAGGGAUUCGCUCCUUUCCUGCCUCCUCUUUUCUCCUAGGUCCUGCUCCUCUCCCGAUGCGCACCGCUGGUUGACAACUUGACUAAAUGAUAAAUGUCUACUCUUCCUCCACCUCCAUAUCUCUCUCCCUUCUGUUUCGUAUUACUGAUUAACUUCCGUAAUAUUGGCUCAUUUUUCUCUAGUGAUUAAUGCCUCCACAACAUAACAAUCCUUCUUUCAAAGCAAAGUAGUUGUCAAUCUAGUGCAAUUUCCUCCAUCUUUUUUUUUUUUUUUCGUUUUCAUAAUAAUUUCCCAAUGGUUAUAACUAUUUCAAAGGCGAAUAAGUGCCUCUUUUGAUCAGUAAGUAUCAAAGAGCACAGUAUAUCCAUCAACUUAAUUACAGCAGACGACGCAGGACGCGGUCUCACACAGUCCUGCACCCCUCACGCCGCCUUUAUGUACAGACAGUCCCCAACGUUGUGUCUUGCUACGUUCUUUCAUAUGUAUGGGAAGAAAUGAUGAAAUUCCUUGAAAUAUUAUUGUAAUUAUGUAUUAUUCUUUAAGUUAAGUGUUAUUUAGAUGUAUCCAAAAACGGAGUCAUCAAGAAAAUUGUACCUAAUUUGCUGGAUUUAAGUAGUAACUCGUACAACUAAAAAUACUUCAUAAUCACUAAUAACGGAGACUUCACACCUGUAUGGCGCCUCACCCUAACCCAAUAAUACUGACAAGGGUUGCUCUUGGGGAAUAACUAUGUUUUUUGUGGAGAGAGAAAUUCGGGCUGAAGUUGUUUUGAAGUCGCCAUAAUUAAAUUGUGUCGAGGGAGGUUGGUGCACGAGUGUGGUGAGUGGAGCAAGACUUUCACCAGCACGCUUGACAAAAUGUGUCCAAAAUGUCCACGCCUAGUGCUGAUGGAACUUGAGCUUUUUAGUGUGCUUCGACAGUAAUGAUGGAAAUUGUUGUGAUUGAAUGAUUGACCAAAGACCGCAUUUUCAAACGUUCUGGUGUCUUAUCUCGACUACUUUCAUCAGGCUUUAAUAGAAGUUAAUGAGGUUUCUAAGGGUGUUUUCAUGGUUCUAAUAAUAUGAGGAUUUUGCAACAUCGGUGAAAAAGAAAUCACCCAUAAUAACACAGCAAAUUACAUCUGAGGCUUUUGAAAAUAGUCCUCAAGAAUCCUAAGGGCUUAUGAAUACGAUCUGAUUUAAAGCGUCGCAACCUCGGAGUCAUGAAGCAUCAAAAGUUGCGGAUAAAAGUGACUGGAUUUGUGAUCUGGGGGAAGUGAACAGUGUUUGGAAUAGUUGGCAGAACUCGAUGUUUUACGCUGCGGAGAACGCGUGAGAAAGUCAUCGUGUGGUUAGUAAAGGAAAGAACAAUGUAGAAGCCGUAAUGACAGAAAGAGUUGACAGCGAGAAAAAAACGUUUUGUAAGAGUAUCUGUAUUGAUUGAUUAAACACUGGCUGCAACAGCGAUGUCACAGCGCCCCUUGGUGGACAGACGAGAUUUCAGUGCUGUGAUUGGUGCAGAGAGCCCGCCUGGUGUCCGUUCAGCGUUGUGAUUGGUGGGAAUAAGUCCGGUUUCAGCAUCAUCUUUGUUGUUGGUGGAGAGAGAAGUGUUACGUAAUCUGUGUUGUGAUUGGUGGGUGCUCCUCGUGUUGUGAUUGGUGGAACCGUGCAUAUAACCUAAGCUUUCCGUGUUCUGAUUGGUGAAGUCGUGUAUGCUGUACGUGUGUGUUGUUAUAAUUGGUGCCGCAGCCAGUCAGUGUGAUGCUGGUGCCGCGCCCUGCCUGGUGACACCACACGCCGCGUGCCUGUGACAGGAUGUUGUUAAGCAUUACUAAUCAAAAGUAACAAUAAAAAUCCAGAAUCAUCA